CGUGCAUGCCGAUCUCAUUUGCAUUUUAAAAUUGCUGCCGCUAACUUCUCAGUCAGUGAAUUUUAGCAGAGAAGACAAAGACCAGCCCAAUGAAGACUGCAACCAAAAAUUUACGGAGAGGAAUAUGUUUACUUUUUCUACUGUUUGGUAUAUUAUUUGUUCAUGGCCAAGAAGGCAACAUAACCACAGUAAGAAGUUGCUAUGAUGCAGGAGCCUUCUUAAAUUUACAAUGCCAACGAGAGCACGGUGCAGGGUAUUAUGUUAUCCGUAUCAACCAUGCCAGUUAUGGAGUCAGUGCAUGUGCCGACAAGGAAAACCAACAGUGCUGUCCUGCAGAGGGGGACUGCACCUCCCCCAUGCUGAAGCAAAGACCAGCCACGUUCAAGAACAUCAUCGAUAAGUGUUCUGGAAGAAAGAUUUGCUCAUUGCAAAUCCAAGUAGACAAUGCUCAUAUCAAGGACAAUUCAUGUGCCCCAUACACUGACUAUAUUUCUGUCACAUAUGAGUGCAUACCAGGUUAUCUACUUCUUUCUCAAUAUAUCUGUGAUAACGUCCUUGGUAGGAUCAUUGAGGGUCACUUCAUCAGUCCAUCCUACCCCCACGACAUGCCAAGACCAACCCAACUGGACACCAUGGACACACACAUCUGUACAUGCGACCUCACUGCCCCUAAAGGUUACAAUGUAGAACUCAUGAUAGUGGACAUGAGCCUGCAAGAUGCUGCAGGUCUGCCCAUCGGGGCCUCCCAGAAUAUCACCGUGUCCAGUAAUGACCCAACUCGCCCCCAGACCGAGGUUCUGAGAGGAAAUGGUUUUGCUAAUUACGAGAUCAGCUUUGGAGUUCAGUCCAUCCGUGUGACUUUCAUGAACUCUCUUAAGAGAGCUCAGGGAGGACGAUUCUGGAUGUAUUACAGAGCUAACUCCAGGGAUAUCUCCAUUUGUGUCUCAUGUAAUGAGAAUCUGGGCAGAGGCUGUGAUCCAACCACCACCACAACUACCACUACAACUACAACAACAACCACUACCACAACCACACCGACUACAACCACCACCCCAACAACUACUACAACUCCCACCACAACUACAACUACAACCACCCCUACAACAACUACUACCCCCACCACCACACCUACAACCACCACAACCACAACCACUACAACCACUACUACACCAACCACAACUACCACACCUACAACCACUCCAACCACUACCACUACAGAAGAUUCUCCCAAACUUGCUGGCCAAACCGAGUCCGAAGAAUGGCCGAUGGAAAUACUGCUGGCUGCCUUAUCAGGAUGCCUGGCUCUUAUCCUAUUUGGAACAGUGUGUGUACUGUCUGUGUUGUUCCUUAGCAGGUCUGUCAAGAAAUACAAGAGAUACCAAGGGUCACAGCUGGAUGAUGACUUGAGUUCUGAGAUCUAUGCUGGCAGUCACUUUUCCGUUCGUAACAGCCUGUAUAAUGGAGAAUCUGCCAGUCGCUGGGGUUCCAUGGCCUCCCUAGACAGCAGAAAGCAUCCCCUUAGCAGCAGGAUGACUGAAGGCUCCAUCGCAGGUGCAAGUUCCUAUGCUGGCACCUUACCGCGAGGAAAUUCAGGCCACCUGGAUGCUAGCCAUGCUAUCAGCGAGACUGGCAGUCUACCACGUGGCAAUGCAAGGUACCUGAGUGAUUCCCGUGCAGGCUCAGAAUAUGGAAGUCUACCUCAUUCCGCAAGAAACGGGUACAUGGAUUCUGGCAGAAUGGGCCUGGAGCACGAGAGCGCAAGCAGGAGUGGGCGAAGUGGAAGUGUUGGCAGUCUUGAGGAUAUUCGCGAAGACCCAGAAGACCUUGAGGUCGACUAUGAUAUGGAUGAGGAUAACGUGGAUGCAAGGAGUGAAGGACCAAUGAUGAGAGAUCAAACCGGAAAAGAGAACCAAGGAGGCCUCCAAAACCCUGCCUUCAACCAGAGGAGAGUAUCAGAGGUCAUUGACCCUUCACAGAAAUCUCUGUAUGAACAAGAUUAUAUUUCCUUAUAAACUUUCCAUCUUUAGGUUAAUAAAAAUGUUAAAGACAUAUAAAAUAUUUAAUUUCCCUCACACUAUUCUCAAAAAAGAGCAUACAGUGUGAAUUACCGAUGGGAUUUUUUUCACCACUGAUUUUCAUGUGACAUCUACCUGAGGGAUAAAUAUAAUAUCAUCUUAAAUAAUUCAAUACAAUGUGGUACCAAGUUUCUUAUGACAAUGUUCACCCGUAAGGCUAUUUGCCAAAAAGUGAGAGUGAGAGAAAAAACAUACUGAGAAGCACACCAGAAUUAAUGGUACUUCUAUAAAACUAGCAUGUCGCAUUGUUAAAGGGUUCAUUGUUAAAACAAACAGUUGUGUGCAGACAUCAACUAUCAGCCCAUCGUUGUGAACACAAAGGGAAUGUUAACUUUCAAAAAGAAAAAAAAAUCAACAGGAAGCAUGCAAAAGUGCCAUUCAGGUGUCUGCCCCAAUUGUGACUUACAUACUAAGACACAGUAGUACAGCACAAACAGUUCACCUAAACUUAUUUACCUGCACAUGUAUUUGUGCUUGUAUAAAAAGUCUGGAUAUGUAUUGAAAUUUUCCUUUUAAAUAUUAUAAUUUAAAUAACUUAAGUUUUUGAAAAUUGCAUUCAAGCCUAAUUUUAUUCAUAAAAAUACUGUUCCUUUGACACCUAGCACCAUUCCUAAUGUAACUACAAGUUGCUGCACUGUGCUUACAAUGCCAUCAGUGGGAUGGCUAACAUAAAUGUCAUUUGUAACCAUUUAUUCCCAGUUUCUUAUGACAAGUUGAUUGUUUUGUAUGAUUGUAAAUAUGUGAAAUAGUCAUAGAUGCCAUAGUCAUUCUUGUUAUCAAUAUAGUAAGCUUCAUUUUGUGCCAAUAUCACUAAUAUUAUCUGUUCAUAUAAAUGUAUACUAACCAGGAAUAUUGUUAUUAAAUUUAGAAUCAAACAGUUUUGUUCAUUUUUCCUAU